AUGGAAAAUCAAGAAACAAGUCUUGUUGCCGUUUCUUCUUCAUCAUCGGAAGAUAGUAAUAACAAUAACAACAAUAUUGGACAAACUCCUGAACAACAACAACAAUCAAAUCCAUAUGCAGGAGUUAAUCUUUCAUCUAGUAUUAAAUUACAACAAAGUGUUCCUGCUUCAAUUUUAGAAAACGAAGAAUUGAAUAGACUCAUCAAGGAAACACUUCCAACAAAUUAUAAUUUUGAAAUUCAUAAAACUAUUCAUAGAAUUCAACAAAUUAAACCAAAGAGAGUUGCUUUGCAAUUUCCUGAAGGAUUGCUCUUGUUUAGUUGUGUGAUUAGUGAUAUUAUUGAAAGAUUUUGUCCAGAAACAAGUACAGUAAUUAUGGGAGAUGUCACAUACGGAGCAUGCUGUAUAGAUGAUCUUACUGCUAGAGCUUUGGGUGCUGAUUUCAUGGUGCAUUAUGCUCACAGUUGUCUUGUUCCUGUCAGUGAUUGUUGCAUUAAGAAUAUUCUAUACGUUUUUGUGGAUAUUCAAAUUGAUAUUAAUUAUUUUGUUCAAUCAAUGAUUAACAACUUUCCAAAAGAAACCAAAAUGGCUAUGGUUGCAACUAUUCAAUUUGUUUCAAGUUUAAGAACUGCCAAGGCAGAAUUGGACAAACAUUUCACAACUCCUGUAUUUAUUCCUCAAGUUAAACCAUUGUCACCUGGUGAAGUUCUGGGUUGCACAAGUCCAAAAGAUUUAGCUAAAAAUCAUCAAAUUGAAACUAUGGUUUAUUUGGGAGAUGGUAGAUUCCAUUUGGAAAGUGUCAUGAUUCAAAAUCCAGAAUUGAAAUAUUACAAAUAUGAUCCAUAUGGAAAGAAAUUCACAGAGGAACACUAUGAUCAUCCACAAUUAUUUUCCAUCAGACAAGAUGCCAUUGAAAAGGCAAAGAAAGCCAAAAAGUUUGGUGUAAUUCUAGGAACUUUGGGUAGACAAGGUUCUCCAAAAAUUCUUGAAACUAUUGAACGAUUACUGAACGAAAAGAAUAUUCCAUAUGUUUCUCUCCUUUUGAGUGAAAUUUUCCCAAGCAAACUUCAACUAUUCCACGAUGUUGAGUGUUGGAUUCAAAUUGCUUGUCCUCGUCUCUCAAUCGAUUGGGGUCACUUCUUUGAUAAACCAUUACUGACUGCCUAUGAAGCUGAGGUAGCUUUAACAGCCACUGAAUGGAGACCAAUCUAUCCAAUGGACUUUUACUCAAUUGAAGGAGGUGACUGGACAGUAAAACAUUACGAGAAAUUGAGAAUGGAACAACAAAAAGCUCAAAUGAAUUCAUCCGAUUCUAAGAAUAAAUUAAGGGAAAGAAUGAAGGCUAAUAAGAAGCAAUAA